UCGCGGUGGGUCCCUGCGGCUCAGGAUGGAAGAGUUCAGCAAAAUGGAUAUACCAAAUCCCCCAACUUCCAAAUGUAUCACUUAUUGGAAAAGAAAAGUUAAAUCGGAAUAUAUGCGACUGCGACAACUGAAACGGCUCCAGGCCAAUAUGGGGGCAAAGGCUUUGUAUGUAGCAAAUUUUGCAAAAGUUCAAGAAAAAACCCAGAUCCUCAAUGAAGAAUGGAAGAAACUUCGUGUCCAACCUGUUCAGUUGAUGAAGCCUGUGAGUGGGCAUCCUUUCCUCAAAAAGUGUACCAUAGAGAGCAUUUUCCCAGGAUUUGCAAGUCAACAUAUGUUAAUGAGGUCGCUGAACACAGUUGCAUUGGUUCCCAUCAUGUAUUCGUGGUCCCCUCUACAGCAGAACUUUAUGGUAGAAGAUGAGACAGUUUUGUGCAAUAUUCCCUACAUGGGAGAUGAGGUGAAAGAAGAAGAUGAAACUUUUAUUGAAGAGUUGAUCAAUAAUUAUGAUGGAAAAGUCCACGGUGAAGAAGAAAUGAUCCCUGGAUCUGUCCUGAUUAGCGAUGCUGUUUUCCUGGAGCUGGUGGAUGCCUUGAAUCAAUACUCAGAUGAGGAAGAAGAAGGACACAAUGACACCUCAGAUGGAAAGCAGGAUGACAGCAAAGAAGACCUGCCAGUGACAAGAAAGAGAAAACGGCAUACUAUUGAAGGCAACAAGAAGAGUUCUAAGAAACAGUUCCCAAAUGACAUGAUCUUUAGUGCAAUUGCCUCCAUGUUCCCUGAGAAUGGUGUUCCAGAUGACAUGAAGGAGAGGUAUCGAGAGCUAACGGAGAUGUCAGACCCCAAUGCACUUCCCCCUCAGUGCACACCCAACAUUGAUGGCCCCAAUGCCAAGUCUGUGCAGCGGGAGCAAUCUCUGCACUCCUUCCACACCCUUUUUUGCCGGCGCUGCUUUAAAUACGACUGCUUCCUUCACCCUUUUCAUGCCACCCCUAAUGUAUACAAACGCAAGAACAAAGAAAUCAAGAUUGAACCAGAACCAUGUGGGACAGACUGCUUCCUUUUACUGGAAGGAGCAAAGGAGUAUGCCAUGCUCCACAACCCUCGCUCCAAGUGCUCUGGUCGUCGUCGGCGACGGCACCACAUAGUCAGUGCUUCCUGCUCUAACACGUCAGCUUCUGCUGUGGCUGAGACUAAAGAAGGUGAUAGUGACAGGGACACAGGCAAUGACUGGGCCUCCAGUUCUUCAGAGGCUAACUCUCGCUGUCAGACCCCCACAAAACAGAAGGCAAGUCCAGCUCCACCUCAGCUCUGUGUAGUGGAAGCACCUUUGGAGCCUGUGGAAUGGACUGGGGCUGAAGAAUCGCUUUUUCGAGUCUUCCAUGGUACCUACUUCAACAACUUCUGUUCAAUAGCCAGACUCCUGGGAACUAAGACAUGCAAGCAGGUCUUUCAGUUUGCAGUCAAAGAAUCUCUCAUCUUGAAGCUGCCAACAGAUGAGCUCAUGAACCCCUCACAGAAGAAGAAAAGAAAGCACAGGCUGUGGGCUGCACACUGCAGGAAAAUUCAGUUGAAGAAAGAUAACUCUUCCACACAAGUGUACAACUACCAACCCUGCGACCACCCAGACCGGCCCUGUGACAGCACCUGCCCUUGUAUCAUGACUCAGAAUUUCUGUGAGAAAUUCUGCCAGUGUAACCCAGAUUGUCAGAAUCGCUUCCCUGGCUGUCGCUGCAAGACCCAGUGCAACACCAAGCAGUGUCCUUGCUAUCUGGCAGUGCGAGAGUGUGACCCCGACCUUUGUCUCACCUGUGGGGCCUCAGAGCACUGGGACUGCAAGGUGGUUUCCUGUAAAAACUGUAGCAUCCAGCGUGGCCUCAAGAAGCACCUGCUCCUGGCGCCCUCAGAUGUGGCCGGAUGGGGCACCUUCAUAAAAGAGUCUGUGCAGAAGAAUGAAUUCAUUUCUGAGUAUUGUGGUGAGCUCAUCUCUCAGGAUGAGGCUGAUCGGCGAGGGAAGGUCUAUGAUAAAUACAUGUCCAGCUUCCUCUUCAACCUCAACAAUGAUUUUGUAGUGGAUGCUACCCGGAAAGGCAACAAAAUUCGAUUUGCAAACCAUUCUGUGAACCCCAACUGUUACGCCAAAGUGGUCAUGGUGAAUGGAGAUCAUCGGAUUGGGAUCUUUGCCAAGAGGGCAAUUCAAGCUGGUGAAGAGCUCUUCUUUGAUUACAGGUACAGCCAAGCAGAUGCCCUCAAGUACGUGGGAAUCGAGAGAGAAACCGAUGUCCUGUAGCCCUUCUGGGCCCCUUGCCAGCGCUAUGGUAGCGGCACUGUCUUUGCUUUCAUGCACACAUCACUGCUGCUCCAGAUUCCUGCACUGUGUGUCUCCCACACUGAGAACCCCCACCCAUCCGUUUGUAGUGAGUGUGGACAGAAUUGUCUCUGUGAAAGGGAAGAC